GGCCCGGCGGCGCGCGGUGCCGCUCCGCAUAAAUAGGGGGCGAGGCCGGGCCUCCCCAGUCGGCGGCGGAGGCGGCGGCGCGGGACUCCCGGCUCCUGGGCAGCGGCUUCCCCCUCCCGGGCUAUCUGAGAUUUAGAAUCUUCAAAAUGGCAUUAGCAGCAAUUGAUCCACAGCAGAAUGUUUUAUCAAGGGUUGUGAACCUUCCUUUGGUGAGCUCCACCUAUGAUAUGGUGUCUACAGCUUAUAUCACCACAAAGGAUAACCAUCCAUACUUGAAGUCAGUAUGUGAGCUAGCAGAGAAAGGAGUGAAGACAAUUACUUCAGUAGCCAUGAUGAGUGCUAUGCCUAUCAUCCAGAAGCUGGAACCACAAAUUGUAGUUGCCAACAACUAUGCAUGUAUUGGUCUAGAUAAAAUUGAAGAGAGACUACCUAUACUGAAUCAACCCACUGACAAGGUUGUUGCCAAUGCUAAGGAUGUAGUUGUUGGAGCCCGGGAAGCUGUAACAACCACUGUGACUGGUGCCAAGGAAACUGUUGCCCACAAAAUCACUGGAGUUGUGGGCAAGACUAAAGAAGCAAUGCAAGACAGUGUAGAAGUGACAAAGUCAGUUGUCAAUGGCAGCGUUAACACUGUCCUGGCAAGUCGUGUUGUGCAAAUGGUUAGCAGUGGAGUGGAUAGUGCACUCACUAAAUCGGAGACUCUUGUGGACCAAUAUCUCCCACUUACAGAAGAGGAGCUAGAGCAAGAAGCUGCAAAAGUUGAAGGAUUUGAAGUUGGAGUUCAAAAGCCAAGUUACUAUGUUAGACUAGGAUCACUGUCUUCAAAGGUCCGUGCACGUGCCUACCAACAAGCCUUAAACAAAGUUAGAGAUGCUAAGUACAAAAGCCAGGAGACAAUCUCUCAGCUCAACCACACUGUUAAUCUGAUCGAGUAUGCCAGAAAGAACAUGAAUAGUGCCAAUCAGAAACUUCUUGAUGCUCAGGAAAAGCUGUAUCAGUCCUGGGUAGAAUGGAAGGAAAAUACAGGCCAAAAUGAUGGUGAUGAAUCGCAUAGUGCUGAGCACAUAGAGUCAAGAACUCUAGCUAUUGCACGAAGCCUCACUCAGCAGCUUCAGACCACCUGCCUCACAUUGGUCUCAAGCAUACAGGGGCUUCCACAGAAUGUGCAGGACCAGGUUUACAGUGUUGGGUCUAUGGCAAGUGAUGUAUACCAGAGCUUUCGGUCAGCAUCUUCCUUCCAAGAACUGUCAGACAGCUUCUUUACCACUAGCAAAGGACAACUGAAGAAAAUGAAGGAGUCUCUGGAUGAUGUGAUGGAUUAUCUUGUUAACAACACACCACUUAACUGGCUGGUACCAGAUUUCACUAUUACAGACUUGUCUUCAGAGUCAGAUGAUAUCCCAGACAUUUUGGAUUUGGAUGAAGAAGAUCAACAAGACUUUUCACGCACAAAUGGCCCUUUCACUGCAGGGCAAAGAGCUGAAUAAAGAAAAGGCAUAAAAAUGUCUUUCUGAUCCAGUGUAUUUUCACAAUGUUUAACUUAUAUAAAGAUGAAUCUACCUAGCUUUGAGUUUUUGUUUUCCAGGUUUUGUGUGUGUGUGUGUGUGUGUGUGUUUGGGUUGGGGUUUUUUUGUUUGUUUGUUUUUGAAGCAGUACUGUUUCACUUAGUGUCAUCAAAAUUCUGAUUUUUUCCCCUAAGAAAUGCAUGCUAGCUUAAUUCAAUAGUAUGGGUGUCAAACUCACAUCCUGGAAGCCAGAUACAGCCUAAUCAGUGUAUCCCUCUGACCUAAUCUUUGCUAAUGAUUUCUAUCGAUACUUGUUCCCCUGUCGGCAAUAGCCAAAAAAACAUGCCAGUUCUCUGCACAAAGGGCUGCCAACAAAGGCAUUGACUAGUAUUUGCUGGCAAAUUUUCCCCUUUCGGCCUAUGUGAAAAUUGUUUCUGCAUCUACCUCUGCAGCUGGAAGGGGUAACAGACUUUGGCUGGCUCAGAUUCUCUCUCAUGGUUCUUGCUGGGCUCUGAAUCUGGCAAGAGUGCUUUACACGUGAAAGGACUCUGUUUCUUUCUACACACCUCCUGUGUGCAAGAAUUUGGGCCAUCUUGAUGCUAUCAGUUGUGGGGCUUGAAACCAGAAAUGAUUUAAGUCUUGCAAGAAUAAGGAAGACACUGGAAAGAACAAUGAAAGAGAAGGAUGGAUACAAACAGAUAAGGGACAAAAGCACAUUCAAAGAAAGAAUAAUAGAGAAACAAAUUGAAGGCAGUUAUUCUGGUGACAGUGAACAGCUUUGAACAUAUCUGAAAUAUCUGCUAAGAUAUGGUGAAUCUGUAUUUGUUUGCACAUAGUGUGAUUUCAUUAGGAGAUUGGGGUAACUAGCAACUUGAUUAGAGGCAAGCUGGUUAUGUUCCUAUGCGUGGGUCGUGUUGAACUCCCUAUGCAGAAAUUCUGCUGGUGUCCCUGCGGUGGCUGCCAGAGAUCUGGAGAUGUUACAUGGUGCUACUUUUGCUCACCUGCUGAUUCUGCAUAGAAAUGUUUCUUGGCUUAAUAUAGCACUUUUACUUUCUAAUAAUAUAAUGCUUGAUUGUUGUGAAAAAUUUAAGAUCUAGUCACUGAAAAUGCCUUGAAAUAAAAGUUCAAAUUACACAAA